UAUUCUUGACACUCACGCGUUGUCAGUCGCAUCAAAUGCACGUUGGUGGUGAUAUUAAUUAUUUUAUAGUGUUAAAAUUAGUUUAAACAUAAGUGACAAACAAUUACAACAAUCAUCUAAGAGUCAAAGAGUCAUUAGAGUGUCGAGAACUGUUUGGAGAUCAAUUUUAUAAAAAUAAUAAAUAUGGCUGAUUACGGAUCUUUCGAAGAACCAACCAAUACUUCAUCAUUCAAUGAAGGACGAUCUUAUGGAAGAGGUCGAGGAUUCACCCCUGGAAAAGUUGACAAUGACGAUUGGUCGACAAUAAGAACUCAAUCAUCGUCCGCACCUUCAACUGGAGUAGACGACUGGUUAUCAGGAGGUGGUGGAAAUAAUGACAAUGAUGAUCAAGGCUACAAUCAAGAUCGUCAAGACCGAGAUGAGCCACGUAAAGGUCGUGGUGGUGGACGAGGUGGCCGUGGAGGACGUGGAGGUAGUCGAGGAGGUCGUGGAGGAUAUGAUGGUGGACGUCGUGAUGAUCGUCAGAAUGGUUCCAGAGACUACAAUUCACGACGACGAAAUGAUAACAAUGAUGAUCCUUGGGGAAAUAAUAACCAAAAUGAUAAUCAGAAUGAUGCCUGGGGCACUGAUAAUCAAGAUCGGACUAAUGACCGUAAUAAUGACGACUGGGGUUCUGGUGGUAAUCAAGAUCAAAAUAAUGAUGACUGGAACUCUGAUAAUAAGGAUGAUAAUCGACGUAAUCGUGGCUCUAGACGUAAUCGAGAUGAUGAUAAUAACAACCAAGAUGAUCAGAACAAUGAAGAUGAAAAUGGUGAACCAAAGAAAACACCAGUGACUUAUAUUCCACCCGAAGAAAAUGAAGAUGAAUUUUUUGAUUCUGGUGUUGCUGCUGGAAUUAAUUUCUCCAAGUAUGAUGACAUAACUGUGAAUGUUACUGGAGAAGAUGUUCCACCUCACAUUAAAGAUUUUGAUAGCGCCAACUUGCGUACUGCUCUUCUAGAUAAUAUCAAAAAAUCUGGAUACCAAAAACCAACACCAGUUCAAAAAUACGCCAUUCCAAUUAUCCUCAAGAAACGUGAUCUUAUGGCUUGUGCUCAAACAGGAUCAGGAAAAACAGCUGCUUACUUGAUUCCAAUAAUUCAUCAUUUGUUAGAAGAUUUGAGAGAAGUACAGAUCACUGAACGUGGUUGUGAACCCCAAGUGAUAAUUAUGGCACCAACAAGAGAAUUGGUGAUGCAAAUCUGCAAUGAAGGUAAAAAGUUUGCUAAAGGAACUAUGAUUCAAUGUAUUCCUUGUUAUGGAGGUGUAAAACCAGGCUACCAAGCAGAUCAAUUACGACGUGGUGCUCAUAUUGUUGUUGCAACUCCUGGACGUCUGAAUGAUUUCGUUCAAGGUGGAAGAGUUAAAUUCAGUUCAAUCAGAUUUAUGGUUUUGGAUGAAGCAGAUAGAAUGCUUGAUCAAGGUUUUUUGAAUGCUAUGGAACAAAUUUUAGAACACGAAUCCAUGGUUCCAGCUGGAGAACGACAAACUUUGAUGUUUUCAGCGACAUUUGAUCAAGAUAUUCAACAACUAGCAGUUAGAUUUCUUAAAAAUUAUGUCUUUCUUGCUGUCGGUAUUGUCGGAGGUGCUUGCACAGAUGUCGAACAGAACUUCUAUGAAGUUAAAAAAACUGAAAAACGGGCUAAAUUGAAGCAACUUCUUGAAGAAGAUGAAUUAACAAUGAAAAAGAAAACUCUAGUGUUUGUAGAAACUCAAAAGACUGCUGAUUUUAUUGCUGCUUAUAUGUCUGAACAAAAAUUUCCAUCUACUAGUAUCCAUGGUGCUCGAGAACAACGUGAACGAGAAUUAGCUUUGAGAGAUUUUCGGUCUGGAAGAAUGCCGAUAUUGAUUGCUACAUCUGUUGCAGCUCGUGGAUUAGAUAUUCAGAAUGUGACUCAUGUUAUCAAUUAUGAUUUACCCAAGUCUAUUGAAGAAUAUGUUCAUCGAAUUGGUAGAACUGGUAGAGUUGGAAAUCGAGGUCGUGCUACCAGCUUUUAUAAUCCAGAUAUGGAUACUGCUAUUGUACCACAAUUGGUGAACAUUUUGAAACAGGCCGGCCAAUCAAUUCCGCCAUUCUUUGAAGACAAUGCUGGAGACUAUGAUGGUGGACGUACUGAUAAUUUUGGUGGAUAUGACAUUAGAGAUAAUUAUAAUCAAGGAGAUUCCGAACCCCAGGAAAGUUGGUAAUUUCAAGCCCAUCACCAAAAGUUAGGAUAAGUUUAAUUUAAAACAAAAAACAAAUAUUUUAAAUUAUGGUUGACAUUAAGUUUCCAAGUGUAAACACGAUAAUUUUCUUUUGGUUUUUUUUCUAUUUAGGUUUAGGUUUCAUUAUUCUUCCUAUUAAUUAUUAUACGAUUAGUAUAAACUAGUAAAUCAUCACAAUGUGAUACUUAUUUAACGAACUAUAUCAUUUCGUUAUUUUUGAAAAAACGUACUAAAAAUUUAACUUUUCUACAUAAAUAUAAAAACGUACUAUUUCUUGUUUUUAAUAAACAAAA